AUGGUAGACCGCAACUCCACAUGGAUCCACCCAAGAGAGAUGGCGCGUGAUCGCUUCCCAAAUGACGUUGACAUGACCGAUCUCACCAUGAGGGAGGCAUUCAACGCGGCGGAGACCACAUCGUAUACAAUGCAUGAGGAGCGCGAGGAGCAGUACAAGUUGUACGUCGAGGGUAGAGGGGAGGAGGCGGAGGCCGCGGCGCGCGAGGUGGUGGAGGAGGAGGCAGAGCCAGCAGGUGGACGUGGAACAGGACAACUAGGAGCUAGAGGUGGCAGUGGUGGUGAUGGUGGAGGUGGAGGAGGCGAGGGAGAGGGACAAGGAUUGCCACAACACCGACAUGGAGGUGGUAUUCCUGUUGAGAAACCUGUUGGGACGCAUCCACAACAGCGUUGA